AUGAACAAUGUACGACGCCUCUGGGCUGGAGGAGCCUCUACGACAACCACAGCGCUAGAACAACCCUACCAGGACUAUGAUUCCUCCUCCAGCACUGGUUGGACACCGCAAGUAGGGUCUGCCUCUGCCUCAAACACCCUUGCCGGUAGCUCGCAUCCCACUCGCACGCCGUCUCCACCUAUUUUACCCCGUCUCAAGACAAACCAGAGUCCAAAUAUCAACCCCCGAAGACAGAAUUCGGCCCCAAUAUCCCCAGACGAUGCAGACCCAUCCGCCAAGCGAGCGAAUUCCGUGAGCUCGCAAUCGUCCCGCACCGGAGCAGCCAAAAAGCAUCGUCCAGGCCAUUCAAAGGCCCUCUCUAGCUUUUCGAAACGCAUGGCCAAUGGAUCUGCAUCACCGUCCUUGUCCAAUCAAGGCCCGGCCCUCAAUCCAAAGGACGAGCUCAUCAUCGAGCUCCUCGCCAGCGAGGCCGUUGUCGACAGCCGAGACUAUGAAAUCCUAGGGACCGACCAGAUUGACGAGCUCAAAAAGGAACUCAAAGCCCUGACUGCUCGCCUCAAUGCGGCUCAGAAGAAACUGACACUGGAGACAAAAUUACGCGAUGCUGCACUUUCGCUUGACAAAGUCCAGGCUGCCCACAAGCAUACCGGCUCAAAAGGCACCAACGGGACUACUGCGACACCCCUUGAAACGGCCAAUACAAAGGUUCAGGCCGCCCAGAUGGAAGUUUCAAAGUACCAGGACCGCUAUAACCAAGCACAUACUCGUCUGUUAGAGCACCGUUCUGCCGUCUUGAGUUAUUCGCUCGGACGAUUGGAAGCCAUGGUGAAACCUCAAGAUGGCAGUCAAGAAGGCACAUCAGGGCGUAACACCCCUGCCCAUCAGGGCAUGGCAAUCAAUGGUGGAGAACUCAGCCCGACGUCCGGCAAUAUGUCAAUCGCACAGCGUGCCAAAUUCGAGGGCGCGCACCUAUUCGCCGGUCACGCUGAUGCCAAAUUACCACCCAUGCCCAAACAUGUCCGUGCACAAGCUCAGGUUGCCGCGCUAGAAGAGCAACUAGCCGCUGCCAAGGACGAGGCAGAUGCGUUGCGGAAGGAGGCAGAGAUACUACGGGACGAAAACUUUCGGGCUCUCAGCGGAUGGAAUGACAAGCUGCAAGAGGCAGACGACACAAUAUCAGGUCUUCGUGCCGAGCUGCAACGCGCAAAUUCAUCGACGAAAAAGCUACGCCAGUUGGAAGAGGAUAAACGACAGUGGGAAGAGGAACGGUCAAAGCUACGGCGUGACUUGCAGGAGAGAGAAGAGGCUGCCGAGUUUCAAAUAGAACUCGAUCGGAGGGAUGGCGAGAUUAAGCAGCUUCGAGAUAUGCUCGCUGAAGAGCGUCGACAGCACGAAGAGGAGCGACAACGGUGGGAAGAUGAAAAGAUGGAAGACAUGGCUCGACUUCAACAAGAGAUGGAAGACGCCCGAGCGCACGACGAGGAGAAUGCGCGAGGUGCCGAUGCCGAGCUUGAUAUGGCGUCGGAGCGUCUUCAGGCGCUGAUCAAGUCGCACAGUGUCAAUCUCACCGCAUCUCAACGACGCGACAUGUCUUUAAUGACCCUUUGCGAUGCGCUUUCUGCGCAUCUUGACGCUGUCAAGGAUGAAGCCCGUCUGCAAGAGUUGGAAAAGGAUGAAUGGAACCUUACCAAGCGACGGAUGGAGUCUGACCUCAAAGCUAGCAUCGAGAAGCGAGAAAAACUCUCUCAGGAACUCGAUGAAGCCCUCCGAGAAAAGGACGAACUCCGGAAGGAGCUCAGGUCUCUGGAUGAUCGCCCAAGGGACCGGUCCGAGCGCUCCGUGCCAUCAAAAAGCAACUCUUUGCAGAGCGAUCCGGGCAGCUCCAAUGGUAGCCGUACGUCGGAUGAUGUGGACCGCAUUAUGUCGACGCUACGGAAUCUCUGGUGCCUGCUUCCAUCUCGAGAAGCUCGUGCCGCCAAAUCGUCGGGACGCUCUGCAUCUCCGACGUCUCCUCUUCGGCCAAUGGCUUCAAGACUUGGCGAGCCGCCUUCGCCUUCGCUCUCUGAUCUCGACGUCCGCGCUCUCAAGGCGCUAUACGACCCACGAAACAAUGCCCCUUCGCCAUUGUUCAACACGCCGUCCAACCCGGCAGACUUUAAUAUUGAUGCCUUUGCCCAACGGGUACAGGCUUUGGUCGCGGAUGAUCGUGCGAUCAUUGAGCGUCUCCUGCGCUUUGCGCAAGCGCAUGAUCUGCUGAAGAAUAAUGCUGCUCGUGCUCAGAAGCUGGCACAGGAAAGUUCGAUGGGGCUCGAGACGUACCAGAAGCAAGUCAAGUCGCUAGAGGAGCGCAACGCGACGCUGGUUACAAAGCAGGCUGAGCUUAUGGACGAACUCGACAGUCUUCACCGCCAGAAGCGUCACCUAGAAGCAAGCUUGGCCGAUCAAGCGAGUGCUUUGGAGAGCAUGGAACAGACGAAUGGUCUGUUGACCACCAAGGCUGCGGCGCUAGAGGUUGCAGCCAGUGGUCCCGAGUCGACGCGUCUCAAACUCGAGGCGCAGCUCAAUGUUGUUCGCAAGCAGCUGCAAGAGGCGACAGAGGAGCUCGAGGCUAUGCGUAAAUCGGAGCAUAGCCAGAAUCUGGCGCUCUUGGAGGAACUUAACGUCGUGCAAAGCGAAACACCAAGCUCCGGGACCAAUUAA